GUCGGUCGUGAUUGGGCGGCCCAGGGUGAAGCGAAAUUAACAGCAUCGCUGCCUCGACGGGCAACACGCUGUAAAUGGGAAAAAAAGUCCGCAGAGCGCCCGGCGCAGGGUCCUGGGGCCAGUCCAUCCAUCACCACCCUCCCCUCUCCAAAUUGGACCUGGCCCCGGUUUGGGGACUUUUGGGGCGCCGUGGCCGGCAUAGAGAAACAUUCUAUUUUCCUUUUUCUACUCUCCUUCCCCGUCCUGCUCGCCCUGGACGCGCGCCCGCUCUCCUGCCCACCCCCCUCCCCUCUCUUCCUCGUUGUUGCGUGGAGGUGUUGGUUGACGGCGACGUCGUUGUUGGGAGUCGAGAAGCAGCAAAGAGGCAACAGCAGCAACAGCAGAGACAUCCGCUCGCUCACCAGGCUGGAUCCGGCAAAUCCAGCAGCUUUCCCCCGGGAUCGCGUUUCAUUCGUUUCGACAAACAAACAUUCGUUUCGUCAAACAUAUCCGACCUUCGAACGAUCUUUAUCCGACCGUCUUCCCACCGUCGUCUUCACUCCCUACGAGCGACUCUGAGCGGCGCGCAGGAAGCGGCGACGAGAGCAGAUUUCCCAAGAGCCUGGCGUAGCCAUUCAUUUACACUAUCCAGUCGCCAGCUAUCUCCGUUUAACCGCCUCGAAUCGACGCCCGUCAGUCCAAUGUGCUGACCGCGAGGCCUGGAACGAUCAUGCUGUGGACAAAAACAAUGGACUGUGUCGACCCGUCAUUCUCUACUACAUAGCAACCGUCCCGACGACAACGCUCAUUAUAGCGCAAACCCGCGCCCCUGAAUUCUGCACCUUCAUCCAUCCACCAGGAUCGUCGAUCCUUUGCCCAACCGGGAUACGGCCGACAAACCCACCCACGCUCGUUUUUUGAUCAGCGCGCGACUCCGCCACCGUCGCCAUGACCAACCCCGGCGACGGGGGGUCUUCAUUCGUUCAGACCCCCGCGCCCGACAUCAAGCACCGGCACUCCCACCACGAUGUCCACCACCCGAGGAACGCCGCCGACGCGCACAUGCGCAUGCACCUGCACCACCACCGCCAGCACAACCAGCACGUCCUACCAAACGCCCAGCCAGCGCCCAAGACCCCGGACCCGGAGCUGAAUCCGUCCCAGGACCAGGACCUGCGGCGCCGCCAGGCCGGUGGCGUCAGCGAUCUGGACUCGCUCAUCACCCGAAUCAUCCAGACCGUGUCUGUCAUCCAAUACGUCGACGGCAACGGCUCCCCCAUAAACGUCUCGACCGUGUUCUCGCCCCCGGUGACGGAGCUGGUCGACGAGGCGACGGGCAUGACAAGGACCCUGUCCCCGGCCGAUACCGUCUCGAGCGAGUCGCUGCCGCCGCCGGCCUCCACCGCCAGCAGUUUGCCUAGCCCGGGAAGCAGCCUGGCAUCUUCCUCGCUUCCGACCUCCUCGUCCACAAGCACGGGCACCGGGUCCGCCACCAGCACCAGCAUCAGCUCGACACCCCCGGUGCCCACCCCCUUUUUGCCAUCUUCCCCGCCACCCUCCUCGCUCAACUCGACCACAUUUCCUUCUCUCACCGGCUCUUUCAACUCCAGCUCUUCGUCGACCACUCUGCCUCUCAGCAAUACCAGCGUCAGGAGUUUCUUCGCCAAUUCUUCCUCCACCACGGAGACUUCCAUCUCCUUCACUGCUUCCGAAUCAUCGUCGACUUCUCUGACCUCGUUUUCCUCGUCAACAACCCGUAGCAGCAGUAGCAGCACCGUUAGCCCAAGUUCAACUACUACGGAUGGCUUCGGUAAUGGUGGCGGAUCUGGUGGCGGUCCUGCAGCCCCGACCGGAGCUGUCCCUGCGCCCGAACCCGCGUCCAGUUCAGGGACUCCAACACCUGCCAUUGUGGGGAGCGUUGUGGGCAGCAUAUGUGGCGUCGCGCUUCUCGUGUUCGCUAUCGUGUUUCUUCUGCGAUGGAGGAAACAGCAACAGCAGGCCGGUCACAGGCGGCUGGGUGAAGGAGAGACGGCUCCCCCGGGGUCGUCUGGCGGAUUCUCGACCCGCAUGUCACAGCGGGCCUCUCCCUUUGCCGUCCCGUCGGCCCUGGCCGCUCUGUCGGGCGGCGCCGCGGGCGCGAAGCAGAUAACGAGCCCACAGUCCAGCGGAGGGGACGGCGAUGCGGGCGAGCGGGGCUUCUACCGCGUGUCGGGCCGCAAGCUCCCCUCGGUGCUGCAGCACGGCGGCGACGGCUACACGAACCCGCACGUGAGCACCAUGAGCGACGAGUCGGAGAUCAUGUACCGCGACUCGCAGGCCUUCUUCACCGGCGCGGCGCCCACCCGGCUCGCCGUCGGGUCGCCCAUGCGGCCCGAGAGCGGCAUCGCCGUCAUGAACCCCGGCCCGGCCCGCACGCCCGUCGCCGGCCAGAGCCCGCACCUCGAGGGCUCGCCGACCAUGAGCCCGCCGGGCCCCGCGCCCCCCACGCCGCCGUCAAACCUGGCCGCGCCGCGCGACUCGCUCAUGCCGCAGCCGCUGAGGCCGAUGCCCCCGCCGCCCCGCGUUGACGCCAUCGGUCGGAGUCGACCGUCCCUGGAUAGAUCGCAAGCUUCGACCUCGAGGUUCAGCGAGCAUCUUUCUUGAGAUUAAGAGGAGGGACAGAGGCCGGGACGGGAGGCUAGGGAGGGGGGCCUACUUUUUGUCUAAUUUCUCCAGGCCGCGCCCACCGCCCGCGUGUUUUUUUUUCUUGACUCUGUCACAAGUCACACUGGUCUCUGCCCCUACGGGACAGACACGCGACACCUUGUCACAUGUGUUGUGUUGCACAUAUGUUGAUAUAAACAAAUAAUGUUUCAAAUCUUAGUGUUUCCCCACCACCAUUUCUCCUUCUUUUUUGUCAUCUCUUUCUCUCUGUCUUCUCAAGCGACCAACCCCCGCUGAAAAAUAUCACAGCAAAGCAUAUAGGCCGGCGUUUCUUUUCCACAUCGCGUGUUGCUUGUUUCGCUUCUUCCUCCCAACACCGUUGGUUACUGACCGAUCUAUCGAUCCACACGUCCCCCUUUUUUCUGUUUUCUUUUGUCUGCGUUGCGGGUGGAUGGACGAGAUCAUUCCUGGAUAUCUUGAGGAAAUUCACAACGAUGGCGGCGCGCCUGGCACCUUUUUUUUUGUUCACUGUCUGACCAAACUUACCACUCAGGCCGACACUCGGGCUAUCGCCAUCUGUAAGAACAGUUUCUACCACGAGCCCAAAGGAAAGCGGCCGAUGGGGAGGGAAAGGAGAAAUAAUAAAAAAAAGAUGCAAAACAUGCACCGACCCUUUUUCUUGUCUACGUAUUUGUGGUUGUCUACAACUUUUGUUCAUUCUAUACUCGGUGUGUUGUAUAUCUCCCUCCCUGGUGGUUAUAGUCAUGGGUAGACAGGACCGAAGUUUCUUUAGAAACACAGCUCCACCUACCCCAUACUUCCUAUGAUUCGUCUAAAGAUCUCCUUAUCGCCUCGAUCCCCCAAUAUCAUCUCUGUUAUCGUCUCGGAGCCUAGCUAUUCGCAAAGUUAAAUAAACACAUGAUUAAAAG